AUGAAUUUAUGUACGGAGGUCGGAAAUAGGGAGGGCGGAGGUCCGACUGGUGACGUGGCGACGAGAUGGCGGCGACCGGCGAGCUCUCUUUGGCCUCGAUGGGGAGCUGUGGAUGGAGGCAACGUUUUUUGGCAAAUCGCGAUUUUGUACACCGGAAGCCUAGAUGACAGGUCCGACGCGGCGGCGUCGCUUGUCUCGCUUGCGAAAAAGGUGCUUGAAAGUGAUGCUUUUUAUGUCCCUUCAUUAACUGGUUUAGUUGUAUUAAAGCCUUCUGAAGAUUACACAGUAAUAGAACUAGCUGGAAUAGACAGACCUGGACUAUUAUCAGAAGUAUCUGCAAUUAUCACAAAUCUUGGAUGUAAUGUAGUCAAUGCUGAAAUAUGGACUCAUAAUAAAAGUUUGGACUCCUUUCUAUUUGUGGCUCAGGGACUCCUAUAUCUCCAUAGGUUUUCAAGGCUGAAGAUUAUCCAUAGAGAUCUGAAAGCAAGUAACAUCUUGCUAGAUGACUACCUGAAGCCAAAAAUAUCAGGUUUUAAGUUAUUUGGGAUGGAUGAGUCUGAAGCAAAUACAAGUCGAGUUGUUGGAACACGGCAUGGGAACUGUGGAAUGAAGGCAAAGGUUGGCAGAGGUUUGGAGUUGAUGGAUCCAGUUGGCGGAAAUAAGAAAGUUUUGGAAAACAAUAACCAAGAGUAG